UCAUCUCUUCAGCUACCGUGAGACGCAAUUGUGUUCUAGUGGACACGAUGUCUGCAGCGUGGAGACAACCUGACUACAGUGACUGCCAGAUACCAACGCCAGGGGAACUACUCAAUAGGUUGACCUUACUGUCCCACUUCGCGAGUGUCGAUCCUGGUGACGUCAUCAAGGCGACCUUUCAACUGGCGCAGAUGUUGGCGCCCUCAACGACCGACGGGAAUGCGAACUCUGCUGAUGAGUAUUCUGUCUUGGUUGAGUUGUUGGAGAUGGUGGCGGCACUACCUGACAAAUUCACGGAGUGUCGACAGGCUGAUAUGGAAAACUUUGCCAAUUCUUUCCUUCAAGCCGUUGACAAUAUACUGCAUCCAAGCAACAUUGCUACGUGGACAGGAAAUCAACAGGUUGAAGCUGACACCGUGCGCAUCAUGGACGCCGUUGAGAGCUUCACUGCGCAGACCGCAAGAGAAAACUGCGAACUGAGUCUGACGUCACAUGAGGACACGGCAGCCUUCUUCGAAGGCAAAUAUGACCAUAUAGUUUUCAGGAAAUCGCGAGAAACGCCUGGGGGAUUCAGCGGGCUGUCCUACUCGGCGACCUCGGCCCGUGCAUCCAUCACACUACCGCCUGAGGUCUUCCAGGGCGUAACGGAUGAACAAGUCACUCUACUAGUUGUGUUGUAUCCUUCCAUUGGUGACUUGCUCGAUUCAGUGCCAACCACUACGCAACCAAGCCCUGGAAGCACAAUGAAAGUGAAUUCAGCGGUGGUGACGUCAUCAGGAGUUCACCAAUCAGGACAGGCGUUUGAGAAACUGUCGGUGCCGCUUUGCAUCAAUUUCACCAAGAAAAAUCCCACUUUUGGAAAAGAGGAAAGCUGUGUCUACCUGAGCCGAACCGAAAGUGGCGAGAGUCAGUGGCUUACAGACGGCUGUUGGAUGAACGAACAGAGGAAUGGAUCAGUCCAUUGCUGUUGCAAUCACAUGACGUCAUUCGCACUACUUAGUGCUACGGAGACGGUCGAGCCCUAUCAUCUCUUGCUAUUGACCUACGUCAUGUGCUCUGCGUCUUGCUUCAUCAUCUUACUGUCUGCUCUUAUUCUCUUCUCAGUAAGGUAAGACAUAGAGCUAAGAAACACUGUUAAAAAGCUGGCUAAAACACUGUUUGCAAAUAUUACUUGCCCAACAUUCGUUUGAAAUUAACUCAAUUGUUGGUUAAAAGUGGACCAAAUUUUGGGAGGAAUUUGCCCACGAGUGAAGGCAGUUGGUGUCUUGAUAACAUUGGACAAAUCAUAAGGUUUAACAUCUGCAUUCGCACACCGCACCAUUGUUAAAAGAAACAAACUCGCUAAUG